CGCAUCUGCACCCCCUACCGGAUAUUACGUCGAUGUUGACCUUCCCUCUCUUCUAGUCCGAGUCACGUUUGACAUGAGUUGUAGGUGGCUACGCGGUGAAGCUCAUCCCGACGGGAGUCUAAAAUGCUUAUCUUUUGAAUGUUGUCGCCAUACAGGGUAUAGCCAGAGUAAACGCACGGAACAAUGGUGAAGUAUUUCUGCUGUGCAGGGUUGCUCAAAAGCACCUGGGACCAAGUUUGUGUUGCUUUCUGGCAACGAUAUCCCAACCCUUACAGUAACCAUGUUUUGACUGAGGACAUCAUUUUCCGAGAGGUUACUCCAACCAACUGCCUCAUUUCAAGACGUCUGUUGACCAAAACUAGCCGAGCGCCUCGCUGGAUGGAGCGGUACCUUCCAAAGCACAUGGCCAGCUCAGCAUACAUCAUUGAGGACUCUAUUGUGGACCCUCAGAAAAGGACCAUGACCACACUCACAUGGAACAUCAGCCACGCUCGCCUCAUGUCUGUGGAAGAGCGGUGCGAGUAUGGAAUAAACCCUGAGAAUGGCAGCUGGACAGAGAUAAAAAGAGAAGCUUGGAUCUCUUCCAACGUCUGUGGGCUCACUAGAGCUAUUCAGGAAUUUGGUCUUGCAAGGUUCAAGACCAGUGUUACAAAGACUAUGAAAGGCUUUGAAUACGUGCUGGCCAAAAUGCAAGGCGAAACUCCAUCAAGAACCUUAGCAGAAACUGCUACAGAGCGAGCAAGAGAGACAGCAAUGGCAGCUAAGGAGAAAGCCAAAGACCUCGCCUCACACGCCCAGAAGAAACAAUAUGUGUGAUGAGCUACAUAGAUCACUGGUUCUUUUGCCACUGAUACUGGGACAGAUUUAUCUUUUACCCCCCUCCCCCAUAGUUCAGCAUUGAGGUAAGACAAACUGAUCCCAGUUAUGGGUAGCCACCUCUGUGAGGAAGCAUCCAACUGAAAUGGUGGGUGGACCAUAAAAGGCCUGAGCUGGGUUCUAGAGCCUGUUCCAGCCUCCCUGAUUGUGUCACGUGAUCAUCUCAGUAUUCACCAGAGAUAGAGAUAUUAGAAGGUAAUGGUUCAAUAUGGCUCUGGGUGCCAUGAAAUAAUAAUAGGUCUUUGCCAACCUUGAUACUGUUCCUCAGACCUUUGCUCAACCUCUGUGCCCUUCAACGCUUUCUUUUACUCUGUUCCUUUGAGUAUUUCAUGUUAUUUUGUAAUAGCUUUGUAUUAUUAAUGGCUUCUUGUCCAGAAGCUAAGAUUAUCUGAUUAACAAUAUCUGAUUAAUGCAAAUUCAUGUGUAUGAUUUACUUCAGUUGUAUGUUUUGUUGAAAUCGUGCUUUUGUUUAGUUCACCUGACCACACCUUAAUCAUCCUACCAAGACUGAUUGCUUCAAGUUGAAGUUCAUUGACUGAAGAAGGAUCCAUAUUGUUGGCAGCCAUAGCUUGAUAAGAAAUACUCAUUUAGCACUCUUGAUAUUGUGGUAAGAUCUGGUUGCAACGGAUAACAGUGUCUUUGUCUAAAUUUAAAAUGCGUGUUCAAAGGCAAAAAUUUACACCUCGUACUGUACAUUCAGCUUAGGUCUGAUGAUACAACCCAUACAACAAUGUGCUCUUACUGUAUCAAUUAAAUAUCAGCUUGUCAAUAAAUGAACAGUUUCUUUAUAACCAU